UGAUCAGACGUGAGGAGGAGUUGGUGUGAAGAUGGAUGAAGGGGGAGGCGGCUUCCGGCGAAUGACGGCUUGUGGAGCUUCGACACCAGUACCAUAUCUUCACCUCCAACGCUUGGACAUCCAGUUGACACACACGCCAGAGUCGCGCGUAUACAAGGCCUUCCAUCGUUAUCUCACCCAGCUUUGUCAUAAUUCUCUUAGACACUCCUAUGCGCCUCGGAGUCUGUCUUCGCGUAGAAACGUACCCCGCAUUUCGGCUUCGCAACCUUCCCUUUUUCCUUUGACGUCUUUCAAAACACCUCCAACUAACAGCUAUCAUUCCCCCUACUCCAAGUCAGUCAGUCACACAGUCAUUAUGAGUUCAAACCAGUCAAGCCGCAUCAUCAGCGCCAGCACAUCAAGGCGAAAGAUGAUUCGCUCACCGCCUCCCCAUGUCCAUCUUCCCUAAGCCAAGCAUAGAUAGGGCAAGGACGCCGCCGCCGCACAACCAUGUUUUUUCUUUGUACACCUUUUCAAAUUCUCUCCAAGUCAUCAUCAUCAUCUACACAUUUCCCCCAAAGCAGAGAGACGGUUUCACCCACACCAUGACAUCCCAAAUCCCCACCUCCGUCCCCUACGCCUGGCCCCACGACGCCUCCCUCUCCCCCCGCACAACCGCCCUCCUCAUAAUAGACAUGCAGCGCGACUUCCUCAGUAUAGGCGGCUACCUCGACUCCCAAGGCUACUCGGUCACGCGCUUCCAGUCGCUGAUCCCGGUGCUCGUGUCCCUGCUGUCCGCCUUCCGCUGCGCAAACUUCCCCAUAUACCACACGCGCGAGGGCCACGCGCCACAUCUAGCCACCGUUUCGUCGCGCGAGCUGCACAGAUCGAGCGUGAAUGGCGCGCCGAUAGGCUCGCAUGGCCCGCUGGGGAAACUACUCGUAAGGGGCCAGAGAGGUCAUGAUAUUAUCGCCGAACUGCAGCCUUUGUCCGACGAGCCGAUAAUCGAUAAGCCGGGGAGGGGCGCGUUUACGAAUACCGAUUUGGAUCUGGCGUUGCGGAUGAGGGGGAUACGGAAUUUGGUGGUUUGUGGGGUGACGGCGGAUGCGUGUGUUAGUAGUACGGUGAGGGAGGCGAGCGAUCGGGGAUAUGAUGUGCUUGUGGUGGAAGACGGGGUGGAGAGUGUGAGUGAUGAGCUGAAGAAGUGGAGUCUGGAGGCUUUGAAGGUCGAAGGGGGCUUGUUUGGUGUGACGGGAAAUUAUGAAGCAGUUAAGGAGGCUGUGGAGAGUUGGAUGGGUAAAACCACCACCAAUGGCAUGAACGGGGAUAAAGCGAAUGGCAAAGAAAGUUACGAUUCAAGGUGGUACUAUGAGAAAAAGAAGGGUAGCGAUGGGUGAUGCAAGUGUCGGGAGACAUUACACGAACGAGGAGACAAACGAGUUCAAGUGCAUGAUAUGUGUAUUGCAUUGAUUGAUUGUAAUCAAGAGAGAUCCAAGUCUCAAGUCAUGAGGCCUUUCCAGA